GGAAAGAGAGAGAGAGAGAGAGAGAGAGAGAGAGAGAGAUUUGUAGUUACAAUCAAGAUGGGAAGGGUUUUUAUUGUUGAUCUGGAAGGGAAAGUCUAUAGUUGCAUACACUGUAAGACCAAUCUUACUAAAGAUCAAGACAUCAUGUCCAAGUCUUUCAAAAGCAGGGGUGGACAAGCUUAUCUCUUCAGUGAAGUUGUAAACGUUUCAACUGGAAAUAAAGAAGACAGAAUGAUGAUAACGGGGAUUCAUUCUGUAACUAAUAUAUUCUGUGUUGGUUGUGGAUUAAACGUUGGCUGGAAAUAUGUGACUGCCCAUGAUGUGAGCCAGAAGUACAAGGAAGGAAAAUCUGUUCUUGAAUUGUAUAAGAUUGUGGGUCCUCAUGAUAGCAACGACUUGGUUUGUCAACAAGUUUCUCAGCUUAUGAUUCAAUAAUCAGAUGAUGCUUAAGCAUUUUCCUCUUAUUUCUUAGAUUUCUUUUACAAUGUACAUUCUUCGACUUCUUUUUCAUUUUCUUUUGGUUCUGUAUCGAAUAAGUAAAUUUGGUACCUGUCGUAAUUGCCUGGUUUGAUAGAUUUUAGUCUUGUUUAUUUUUGAAUGAAUAA